UCAUUUACUCUUCUGAACAAAAAACACGGCUUUGGAGUUUAGAAGAGAGGAAAAAAAGGCAUAAAGGUGAGUAUUUGAUACGGUAUGGGCCAAUUAAAAGAGCAAAAACAAGUAUUUUUCAAGCUUCAAAAGAUGUCGAUGGUGUAGUCUGGCCUGGCAGAGCAGGAGCAGGACAAGAGCCCAAGAGGAGUUUAGGCUUGAGAGUUUCUUUCUUGUCGUCUCCGGCAGACUGACGAGGUUAUUGGGAAACCCCAAGUCGACGAACUCGCUCCUGCUUUCAUCUGACUGGAUCUGUGCUGCGGUUGAGGUUUCUUCUGAUUUGGGUUCUGUGUGAAUUUUGGGUUAAUGGAUUGGGAACAGCAGCGGCGGAAGAGGAAGCGGUUUGGCAGGUCGAGCUCGCAAGUUCAGUUCUUUACUCGGAGAUCUCUGUUUCUUUGCCUCUUUUUCUUUGCUUUUCUCUUGUUCCUCUCUUCGACUAGGUGGUUUUCGAUUGCGGCGGCGUCGUUCCGGCCAGUUCUCGAUGUCUCUUCCACGACUCUCUCCCGUUUGUCUACUUCCGCUAGCAAGUCUACCCUUGACAGUUCUUUGAGCAGUAAGUAUUCUCCUUUGAGAGUUGAAAGCCGAGUCUUGUUUCCUGACCAUUUGCUUUUGAUGGUCGCUGGAAAAUUGAACCGAGAUGAGAAAUUGGACUGUUUAUACUUCAAAUCAGUCGCUAGAGGUUUGAAUCAAGAGACUCUCAAACAGUCAGUUCUGUCCACGGACAAGUACGAUGAAUUCCGAUCGAUUGCCAGAUGCCCACUACCACCACUGAAUUAUUCGGCCUCCGCCGUGGACUUGAGGAAGCGCGGCGUGGGAGCUGAUGACCAUUGGUUGGUAAGAAAUAGGCAGCCAGUUUCCUCGUGGGAGAGGGUGGUUUAUGAGGCAGCUAUUGACGGUGAUACGGUUGUGGUGUUUGCGAAGGGACUAAAUCUCCGACCACACAAGGAAUCAAAUCCGACUGAAUUCAGCUGCCACUUUAGAUUGGGAAAUUCAAACAAUAACGGAGAAUAUGUGCUUACCACAAAAGCAGUUACUGCAGCUCAAGAAAUUAUCAGGUGCUCCUUGCCGGCUGGUGUGCUGAGCACUUUGGACAAGGAAAAGGGAAUUCGAGUUACAGUGAGUCGCGGCAGUGUCAAUACUAAAGCCCAUCUUCAAGUGACUCUCCCCUCAGUGGUCAGACUCUUCAACUCCAAGCUGAAUGACCUGCAAAGAAAUCAGGAAAAACAUGAGCUUUGUGUGUGCACAAUGGUGUGGAACCAAGCGGCAGCACUUCGUGAGUGGAUUAUGUACCAUGCCUGGCUUGGAGUGGGCCGCUGGUUCAUCUACGACAACAAUAGUGAUGAUGGCAUUGAAGAAGUCAUUAGAGAGCUCAACCUGGAAGACUACAAUAUCAGUAGGCUGACCUGGCCAUGGCUUAAAACCCAAGAAGCAGGUUUCUCACACUGUGCUUUGAGAGCUAGAGAUGAAUGUAAGUGGGUUGGCUUCUUUGAUGUUGACGAGUUUUUCUACUUCCCUUCGAAGUAUCGCCAUCUGCAAGAAUACCAUACUGCCGGCCGCAAUGCCCUUCGUUCUCUCAUUGCCGACUCAUCUGCUUCAACUUCCAAUUCAACCGUCAUUGCAGAGAUUAGAACGGCAUGUCAUAGUUUUGGACCAUCGGGUUUAACAUCACAUCCACCGCAGGGAGUAACAAUGGGGUAUACUUGUCGGCUCCAGAACCCUGAGAGACACAAAUCGUUUGUCCGGCCAGACUUGCUUGAUAUAACACUUCUCAAUGUUGUUCAUCACUUUCAGUUGAAACAAGGAUUUGGGUUUUUUGAUGUACCUAAAAGCAAUGCUGUCAUAAACCAUUACAAAUACCAAGUGUGGGAAACUUUUCGAGCUAAAUUUUACAGAAGAGUAGCUACCUAUGUUGUAGAUUGGCAAGAGGCACAGAAUGAAGGGUCGAAGGAUAGAGCACCUGGGCUUGGGACAGAGGCAAUCGAACCACCCAAUUGGAGGCUACAGUUCUGUGAAGUUUGGGACACUGGACUGAGAGAUUUUAUACAGAGUUCGUUGUCAGAUCCUUUGACAGGGUUCCUACCAUGGGAAAAAGCUUCUGGUUAACAACUCUUGGCAACCUGCAGCUUAGUGACCUGUACACAGUAAUCAUACAGCAAGCAACAGAUUUUUUUUUCUACAAAUAGAAUGUUUGUCUGAUUAUUUUUUUACUCCAUCGACAUGCUAUGAUUUAGUCACAUGUUUUUAACUUACACUUUCAGAUGCUGGAAUGAAAUUCUUUCUGAUUCAUACU